AUGCGAUUCGGAACUACAGCGCUCCUGGCUGUCUUAGCCUUUAGCGAUGCAGGACUCGGCUUCACGGGAGGCUUGACAGCCCGAGCUUCGGACCGCAGCAAGACCCUCAAAGAGCGUCAAAUUACGAUCGGGAAUGGAGGAAUCACUCUUGGAGGCCCAGGGGGUCUGACUGUCGGCGGAGGUGGCCAGCAGCCUGCUGCGCAACCCGGUGCGCAGCCAGGUGCACAGCCAGGUGCACAGCCAGGUGCGGAGGGACAGGCCCCGGCUGCUGCCCCGGCUGCUGCCCCUGGCGCUGAGGGACAGGCUGCCGCCGCACCGGCUGAAGGGCAGAGGCAAGGUGCUGGACAGAACGGAGGAGGCAACGCUCUUGUUCUCCCCGGCGGCCUUACUCUCGGUGGAGGUGGUGGAAACGCCAAUCCUGCUGCGCAACCAGGCCAGGGACAGGGCCAAGGUCAAGGCACUUCGCUCGGAGAUUUCAUCGCAGCUGCUCAAGGAGCGGCCAGAAAUCAAACUGGCGCCGGUAAGGGACAAGGCCAGGCCCAAGAAGGAGCCGCUGGAAAAGCAGGCGAGGCUGCCAAAGCAGGGGAAGCUGCCCAAGCCGGAGGUGCUGCCCAAGGAGAGGCCGCCAAGGCAGGUGAAGCCGCCAAAGCAGGACAGGCCGCAGCACCAGCUGCCGGUUGUGCGGCAGCCGCUCCAGCAGCUCAGCCAGCUGGUGAGGCAGCAGCCAAACCAGCCGGUGAGGGAGCCGCCAAACAGGGUGAGGGAGCCGCCAAACAGGGUGAGGGAGCCGCCCAGCAAGCCGGAGAGGCCGCCGCAAAGCCAGCCGGUGAAGCCGCUGCUCAGCCAGCAGGUGAAGCCGCCGCAAAGCCAGCCGAGGGAGCCCAAGGCGAGGCGAAAGCAGGCGAACCGAAAGCCACCAAGGAGAGCGAGCAGUUCAGCGAGAACGCCGGUAUCACAAUCGGGGCCGAUGGCCAGGCUCAGAACCUCGGAGGAAACCUGGGUAUCACCAAGGGAUCCGAUGGUAGCACAUCUGUCGGCGGCGAGAACGGAAUCAACGUGACACCCGCCGCACCGGCACAAGCACAGCCGGCUGCCCCGGCUGCCCCGGCGGCGGCCCCCGCGGAGAAUCCCGCUGCCGCACCCGCCGCUGCUGCUCCUCCAGCCGAAGCUCCGGCUCAAGCCCCAGCCGCCCCAGCCGCCCCAGCCGAAGGUUGA